AUGAUCGUUGUGAUGGUAUGCAAUGUGGGAAAAGCCCUACUCAUGUUCCUCAUCACUUUUGUUCUCAAAGACAAACCUUUGAUCACAAUUGGGGAUGCCAUUGAUUCAUUCUUGAACGACAGCGAUCAGACUACCAGAGGCUUGUGCUUGAGCAGCAAGAAGAGCAUCAAGGCUGGCAAGUUUCCCCAAUAUGGCUUCGAAAUGGUUAAGGAUUAUGAUGCGGCCCUGGUUUGCUGCUAUGAGGCGAUGAGCAUUCAGCUGAAGAAUGAGGGAUUCUCAAAAGACUGGAAAGCAGACCCGGUCAAGUAUAGAUCAAGCGUUGAGAGAUGGUUCAGUGCGGUCACUCCGGCAAGAUGGUAUUCAUGCCUAGCUUUAUAUUUUUGCUGCAUGCUCACAGUCACUAUCCUCCUUGUUAUCGGCGUCAAUACGGCAAACUACAACAAUAACGGUGUUGCUAGAUCAGCUCUUGAAUUCAUUAACCUAGGCAUCGGCGCUGUUACCCCGGACACCCUGAUCAGCGGGUGGCACUUAGCCUCCAUCGGUGGCACCACAAUCAUAGCCAGCGUGCUGAUCAGCAACAUCCCGCAAAUGAUUUUGUCAUUCCUCUACCUCCUCUUCAACGGCGUUUUUACCAGCAUGCUCCUUGCCACCGAAUGGUCCGACUUCGCGCACAAACGUAAACCCCUACGCGUCUCGGACCCCAUAAAAGGCCAGCGAUCAACCUACUUCCUCCAGCUGCCUUAUCGCUACGCCGUGCCUCUCCUCAUCCUCUCCGGCAUCCUCCACUGGUCCGUCAGCCAGUCUAUCUUCCUCGCCCAGGUUGCAACCUAUUCCAAAGAUGGUGACCUGGUGGACAACGCUGCGAUAUCAACAUGUGGCUACUCCCCCAGCGUUGUCGCACUGACCAUGAUCAUCGGAACCUGUCUGGCAUUUUUCAUGGUGCUCCUGAGUGUCCGGCGGUAUAAGCGCGGGAUACCGCUGGCGGGGAGCUGCAGUGCGGCGAUAUCAGCUGCUUGUUAUGGACGCGAGGAUGUCGACUCGGCGGCACCGCUGCAAUGGGGUGUUACUUCGCCAGAGGGAGAGGAGAUUGGUCAUUGCGCUUUUUCGGAUAAGGAGGUCAGGAUGCCGGUAGAAGGGAGGCUAUAUGCUGGGGCGAUGAAGAUGGAUUGA